ACAGGAGGGGCCUAUGGGGGGUUGCAAGCCUUUUGCUCCAGUUGUGUUGAGACUACUACAGCAGAGACCAAGCUAACACGACAUUUUUACGUCGUCUAACGAUAGUCAUGGCGUGUGGCAGGCUCAUGUCUGCUCCGGUGUGUCUCAUUGAAAACGAUGAAAAAGGGCAGCUGCGUGUGAGAAAAGAGGCCAAAGACAUUCUGGAUGGGAUCAAUGAGCCGGUGGUGGUGGUGUCUGUGGUGGGACUCUACCGUACGGGGAAGUCUUACCUUAUGAACCGCCUGGCAGGACAACAGUCCGGCUUUGCUCUCGGCAGCACUAUUGAAUCAAAGACCAAAGGCAUCUGGAUGUGGUGUGUCCCUCACCCCUAUAAAGAAGGACACACUCUGGUGCUGCUGGACACAGAGGGACUUGGUGACGUAAGGAAGGGGGAUGAGAAACAUGACACAUGGAUCUUCUGUCUGGCUGUUCUUCUCAGCAGCAGUCUAGUGUACAACAGCUUAGGGGUCAUUGACAACACAGCACUGGAAAAGCUGCACUAUGUUACUGAGCUGACGGAGAACAUUCGUGUGAAGGCAGAAGUGAGUCAAGACGAGGACAAGUCAGCAGAUUUCAUGUGUGUUUUUCCAUCAUUUGUCUGGGCUGUUCGUGACUUCACUCUGGAACUGAAAAUAGGAAACGAGCCAAUAACAUCAGACGAGUAUCUGGAGAGUGCACUGACACUCAAAUCAGGCUGUUCGCCUCAGACUGAGCAGUAUAACCUGCCCCGUCGCUGUCUGCGCCAUUUCUUUGCGGUGAGGAAGUGCUUUGUCUUGCCUCGGCCUGCUAGUCCACAAAACAUGAGAAGAAUGGAAGAGCUGACUGAGAAAGAUCUGGAUUCAGAGUUCCUUGAGCAGGCAAACACCUUCUGCCAUUACAUUUUUGACAGUGCAGAUCCAAAAACCGUCAGCGGAGGCCGUGUAAUUACUGGAACAGCUCUGGGUAAUCUCGCUGAGGUUUAUGUAGAGGCGAUCCGCAGCGGGAAGAUUCCUUGUCUGGAGAACGCAGUGGUGUCUCUGGCUAAGAUCCAGAACGUCCGUGCAGUGGAGGAGGCCCUGCAGCUCUACAUGAUCGAGAUGCUCAGCAUGGCUCAGCUUCCUAUGCGCCCAGAAGAACUGUCUGACAUCCACAAAAUUGCAGAGAAGAAAGCAGUUGAAGUUUUCAUCUCCAUGUCCUUCAAUGACAAUGACCAGAUCUACCAACAAGAGCUCAUGGCGAAAAUUUAUGAUGAAUAUCAGCAGAUGUGCCAGCAGAAUCAGGAAGAAUCUAUCAAGCAGUGUAAAGCUGUUCUGCGUGAGGUGUUUGAUACACUGGAAAAAGGUGUUUUUGAUGGAUCAUACCUGAGAUCUGGAGGAUACCGACAGUACAGAGACAUGCUCAGACAUCUGACCAAUGACUACAGAGCAAGAACACACUCACAAAUAAUGAGUGAAGAAGUGUUGAGCAAGUUUCUGAAAGAAAAGGAAGAUAUUGGAAAUAUGAUUCUACAAGCUGACCAAUCUCUCAGUGAAGCGGAUCAGGAAAAAGAGGUGCAGAGGUUGAAGAAUGAGAUUCUAGAGCAGCGGCAAAGAGGUCUAGAGGAACAGAACCGGUUACAGAAGCGGGCGUUUAAAGACAUGCAGAGAACCCAUAAGGAACAUGUGAAUCAGAUCAUUCGUCAGAUGGAAAGAGAGCAGGAGAGAAUGAGGAGAGACAAUGAACGAGUCCUGGAAGCCAAACUAAGAGAGAAGGAUGCUCUUCUACAGAAGGGUUUACAGGAGCAAGCCUCCCAGAUGCAGAGGCAGAUUGACCGCUUAAGAUCAGAAAUGCAUAAAGAAGAGAAGUCAAAACCAUCCACAGUCAGCCGGAUUAUGGAUGGUAUCGGUGCCACGGCAGAAUUGAUCUUGCCAGGCUUUGUUAGCCGUGGUCUGUCUGCAGUCUUGAAAUGGUUCAAAUAAGAGCAGUUUUUGCA